GCCUGUACAUAUAAUGUUCAUAUACACCUGUACCCGGCCAAUACACAGCUAGGACGGUAUUUCCGGAUUGAAUGAAACAAAAAGGUUUUGAUAAUAUGAAAAUAUCAGCUGUGGUAUUGGCGAUUCUGUUGUCCUGUGUCUUGAAUGCAGAGGCCAAAGAUCAAGAAGAAGAUUUAAAAUCGGACAUAGAAUACGUAGCGCCCUCUGGUAUGAAGUGUUUGAAAUGUUAUCCGGGUACUUACCUGCUGAGUCACUGUGUCAGCGAAAACACAAAUUCUAGUUGCCAACAAUGUAAGGACGGGACGUUUAACUCAGACAAUAACAUUGCACAUUGUUGUUAUUCUUGCGACCCAACUUGUGAAACCGCUGAAUUGGUUCCUGUCGUUAACUGUUCACACACAUCAAAUUUAAAAUGUGAAUGUCCAAACGGCCAGUAUAAUCUAUAUCCUCAUUUGAAAAAAACCCACGCAGUCUGUCAGGAGUUUGGACCCUGUCAACGUGGAUAUGGUGUUCGCGUCAAAGGCACCUCUGUCAAUAAUACAACCUGUAAGAGAUGUGAUUCGGGAAGAACGUUCUCUUCGACUAAUUCAUCCUUGGAUGAAUGUCAGCAAUGCACCAAAUGUGGACCAGGGGGCUUCCUGACUGACUGUACCUCGAUGCAGGAUCGGAAGUGUUAUAUCAAACCCCCUGAUCAGAACAGAGGUUCCUCAACAGAUGUAGAUACUCCACUGCUGAAAGUAGUCCUACCAGUAGUCCUUGUAAUCGUCAUAGCAUCUGUAUUAUAGUAACACUAUUUCUACGGAAAUCAAAGAAAUGUUGUUUCCAAGAAGAACAAGGCCAAGAGGAUGCUUCUACUUCUAAAUGGUACUGACCAACUUCAACAAUUUGAAGAUAAAAUGUCCGACGAGGAGUGAAACAUAGAGAGAGAUUGUUUUUAAACAGGUCAGGUGGGAUUGAGGUAUGAUUUUCUUACCAGAAAACAUUAAUCAAAGUCAUACUUGUACGUUUUUGCCAGGUGUAAGGGGAUCGUUAAACAUGUCUUAUGUUACUAUGUUAUUGGCUUGUUUAUGUUUGCUGUGAUUGUAAGUAUACCAAACUGUAUAAUAUAA